UCCUUCCCCAAACCUGUACGUGUUAUCACCAACCAACCACCUCUAUCUUAACGUCACUUGAGUUACACUUCAUCUCUUUCUCUCUUCGGUGUACGUUGUUUGUUGCUGCUAAGGCAAAUCGCAAUGCGUUGAGUUGCUUCACAAAAAUAUCCGUUCGUUUUUGUUAAUCUUUACAAGACUUCAAAAACUCUAGUUAGCUGUUUUUCUGUCAAAUUUACAGCACCGGAUAGCUGGACGACGCUCUUGUAAUGGGCCCUCUUACGCUAACGAUUGAUGCCAAGAAGUCUUCUCUAGUCCCCGCAGAUGUUGCUAAUGGAGAAGUGCGGAAUGUACAAUUUGGAAGAAAAAGAUUUUUUGCAUCAGUUAGCACAAGGGAUGAAAAGCCAAUUGAUUUCUUUCGAAUUUUGUUUGAAGGGGUUAUCGCAGGGGGUACAGCUGGUGUGGUUGUGGAAACAGUAUUAUAUCCAAUUGAUACAAUCAAAACCCGAUUACAGGCUGUUCAGGGUGGAGGAAAAAUAGUUCUGAAAGGUCUUUAUUCUGGUCUGGCUGGAAAUCUGGCUGGUGUUUUGCCGGCUUCUGCUAUGUUUGUUGGUGUUUAUGAACCAACUAAACAAAAGUUGUUGAAGGUCAUUCCUGAUAAUCUUAGUGCAGUUGCUCAUCUGACUGCAGGAGCUGUAGGAGGCAUUGCUGCUUCCCUUAUCCGUGUUCCAACUGAGGUUGUUAAACAACGGAUGCAGACUAGGCAAUAUGCUUCAGCUCCAGAGGCUGUUCGCCUUAUUCUUUCCAAGGAAGGCUUCAAAGGACUCUAUUCAGGGUAUGGUUCAUUUCUAUUGCGGGAUUUGCCAUUUGAUGCCAUGCAAUUUUGCAUAUAUGAGCAACUUCGUAUAGGUUAUAAGCUGGCAGCCAAGAGAGAUUUAAAUGAUCCAGAGAAUGCUAUAAUUGGUGCUUUUGCUGGUGCUGUGACUGGGGCCAUAACCACUCCUCUUGAUGUGAUUAAGACUAGAUUGAUGCUUCAGGGAUCUGCAAAACAGUAUAGUGGGAUUUUCGAUUGUGUCCAGACCAUUGUUAGAGAAGAAGGUGCUCCUGCUUUACUUAAGGGUAUAGGACCAAGAGUGCUAUGGAUAGGUAUUGGUGGUUCAAUAUUUUUUGGAGUUCUAGAGAGUGCAAAGAAAUAUCUUGCCCAAAGACGUCCUUUGGCCGCCCCAAGUUUAGAUGCUGAAAAGAAAGAGUAAGAUUGAUGGAAGAAUUCAGCUUCUAAAUCUUGGGAGAACCUGUUUCCAUCAAAUUAUUGUGUUUUUUUUUGUCCCCCUUUCUUUUCUUUUCUUGUUUAAAGCUGUAUUCAUUUAUGCCUUAAACCCUGUAUCUUUUGAAGAUGUUUGGUAGAGUAAUAUUUCUUUGACAAACUAUAAAUUCUCUUCAGUGAAAAUUGUAAUCCAAAUAGAAGAAACUUGUUUAGAAUAAUGUUUAGCCCCUUCCCCUCUCCCUCUUUCUUUCCUAAAGCAAGUUACCAAUGGAAUGGGAUCCUUUGUGGAAUGUUAUAUUGUUCAUUG